UAACGGUCAAUUUUCCUAUUUUCGCGCCACAUGAAACAAUACCCACAACUGUCUCUAUCUUAUCUCUAUACUCUCUUCUCCAAACUGUACCCAAUAAAAAAAUGUUUAUUUUAUAUGAUUAUUUUGUUUUUCAAACCAAAAUUUUUGUUUCUGAACCAAUCUUUAUCUAUCUAUGAAGUUAAUCAGAUAAAGUUUUUAAUUUCUGAGCAAGAAGGUUUGUUGUGAAAAUUUUGGAUUCCCGGUCGUCUUCCUUGUCAGUGAGGAGAAGCAAUAAUAAUAAUAAUAAUAAAAGACUGAAUUUUCCUAGGAAUCAAAAGCAGCCACCACAAAGAUGUCGAGGAGACGACGAAAGCCAUUGCACACUUGUGGAGUUUUACUCUCUACACUUGCAUGUAAAGCCUACACAAAAGCUCGAGAUAUCAAAGGACCAAUAGGAUCAAUGACGAAAAAGAUUAUCACAAUGGCCACACCAACAAUACCAUUUGUCCAUGCCUUGCAAUAUCAAUGGCUAGCAGUUCUCUCCUUCGCCGAUGACCACAUCCUAGUCAUUGAACACAUAAUUGAGACCCUUUUCCCACCAUCAACGCGGUUAUUUGACAAAAUAGACAAGCUUGUCCACUCUGCAGAAGCUCUACCUGCAAAAUUUGACAAUGCAGUGAUCAAAUUCCCUUCAAUUAUACACCAAAUUCCAUUUCUAGAUUGGGGGUUGGUCUUUCUGAUAUCGUGGUUGAAUUUUUUUAUAUCUAAGUUGACUCACUGUGGAUCGAACAGUGCAAAGGAGAAGGAAAUUAAGGUUGAUAUAAACUACAAUGAUAUCAAUAAAGAAUCAAAAAAGCCAUCUAUAUUUGCUGCUUCACAAGAUGAGCCUACAAUGGUUACUCAGAGUGAGAAUGUGGGGAGAUUAUCUCCCAUAUCAGAUUUUGAAAAUGAGAGUAUGACAGGUCACACGACAGACAAGUCCGAUGGCAUGAAGUGCAGUUACAAGGAAAUAUUAGAGAAGGGUAAAAAGGGAAAUGCAGAAAAGAAAGAAGAUGGGUCUGAGGAGGCUAAUCCUACAGCCAACACUAGCGAGACAGGAGAUGUGGAGAACAGCAAGAAUGAUGAAAAUGAAAACACCGGAAAGGAGAAUCCAAUUUUACAACUAUUUGAGGCAAGCUGGCACAUGAAACUGGGGAAAGGAAGUAAACCCAUGAUGCAGCGUUCCCUUUCGUACACAUGACAAAGGAAAGAAUACAAGCAUCAUUAUGGCGUAUCAUAAUUGAAUGUUAGAGCAGUUUCCGAUGUUUUUGUGAUGUGGGUGUGCCAAUGUUUUUUGUAACUAGCAGCUGCCUGUUUUGUGGGUCAGUGUAUAGUCUCUGGGAUUAAGCUUAUCGAUUGAGAACCUACUAUUAAACCAAUAAUGUGUACUUAUUAAAGUGCAUGUCAAAACUAUGUACUUAAGCCAUGGAAAAUAUUAGAGGAGCUUUUAAAGGAAGCUUAAUGUAAGAUUGAUUUCCCUGUGUGUUUUUUUUUC